AUGCGCAAUCCACUCGUUAUCUUGCGAUAUGUCCUCCACGCCUUCCUUCUUUAUUUGAACAUCCUGGCGAUGGGCUUUGCAGCCUGGAAUAUUGCUGCGCUGAAAAGUGCUGGAAUAGGCGUGAAUGGCGCGUCCGCCUUUGUCGUCUUCAAUGCUUGCUGCUUUAUUUUGUAUGCCGGCAUAUGUUUGGCAGAAGCAUACUCUCCCUCGCUGUGGAAUAUGAAAGUUAUGCCUGAAUGUGUUUGGAUUGGUGCUUUUGGAUUUUUGCAAGUUGCUUCUGCUAUAGACAUCACGAUUUCUGGUCCUACCGCAGCCUGUGUCCCCGAGACUAGUUUAAGCGCAUGCGCCUCUUCGUCACUUGUUGUUGUCAUUGUCUGGAUCUCAAGCUCUAUACUACUAUUCUACUUUUUUGCCCUGGUUGGCAUCACAGUGGUCCAUGUAGGCUCCCAUCCAGCUGUCUGGGCUUCUCCGAUUUCUUCUGUAUCUUGGUUCACACCAGAGGAGAAAAUUCAAGGUCACAAGUCCAAGGACAUGGAGAAGGGCGAAUACGAAAAUCCUGCAUUCAAAGCCGAUGAGGCAAUGUCAGCCAGACCGGUAUCCCGAACACAAGUGCAAAGCGCUAGUCGUUUUUCCAUCAUGAAAGGGUUUACCAUAUCUGCGCCGCGGUUCCAGAAUGCGGAGGGAUUCCGUCCCGCUUGGGCGAAGGAUGUUAAUCCGCGUCGGGGCGUUGACUUACCAUUUGCUGCCAAACCGAAAGUCCCGACGGUCAAAGAUAGGCUUCGAUCCUAUUGGAGUGCAUCCUCGACGGACUCAAUGCCCCCAGUUCCUCCGAAGGCAUACACCAACACUUCACGAUACCUCGAAAGAUUGGACGCAAAUAGCGAUUAUGUGCCGGAUACUGGGAACGAGUUGAAUCUUCCUGUUAUUACCCCCUCGCCAAGUCGCCCACUCUCGUAUGGUAUUUUCCCUGAGGACGUGCAAGAUCCAGAUGUGCCCAUUCACACCUCCCAUCGUUCCGAAUGGAUUACCGCGCACGAUAACCGAAGGCCGGUCCAAACCAUUCCUCCAUGGAAUCGCUUCUAA